AUGAAACAAGCUUCCGGAAAUUCAAAUGAAUUUCCUGGAAAUUCUAAUAAGGCAUCAUACGCUGAUUUAACUUUACAAGGUAUUGAAGCUAUUUCAAAAGUUUAUAUGGUUAAUCCAAAACUUGAUAAAUCAAAAACAAGAAUUCAAAUUAAUGAUAAUUGUGAAAUUGAAACAAUUGCUGAUUGGAUGUUAGAAACUGGUGAAACUUCAUUUAAAAAAGUUUUAGCUACUAAAGAUAUUGAUUUGAGAAGAACUUAUACAAAUGAUGUGGUAGAAAUAUUUGAUGUAUUUAGUAUUGACGCUGUACGACAAGCUAUUGAAUAUGAAAUGAAUCAUGUUAUUUCAUUUGAUGGUUCUUAUGUUAAUUAUCGUUAUUUAGCUCUUGUUUGUGAUAUUAUGAGAACUAAAAGACAUUUAAUGGCUAUAACAAGACAUGGAAUUAAUAGACAAGAUGUUGGACCUAUAAUGAUAUGUUCUUUUGAAGAAACUGUUGAUGUUUUAAUGGAAGCAGAUGUACAUGCAGAAUUUGAUCCAUGA